AUGGCGCAAUCCUCUCCAGCAGGAGUUGGCGAUUCUGUUAACCAAUUGGAAAUUGAAAACACAGCUUUUCCCUGUGAAAGCCAUGCAGAGCUUAAUAAAAAUUACUAUAAAAAACUUACAGAUAAAAUCAGAGCACAGGAAACUACGAUUAUUUUACUAAAAACGAAGCUAUCCGAAACAAAAGAAAUAAACUUACAGUUAUACCAUCAAAGAUGUGAAUGGGAGCAAAAACUCCACAGUUUGAGAGUCACGUUAAAAGAAAAGGAAGAGAUGCGAAAAAAUGAUUCUAUAGCAUUUGAACAAAUUAAGGAAAAGUUAACAAGAAAAAUAGAGCAAUAUAGAAAAGAAGUUGCAAUAAAAGAAGAAUUUGAACAUAGACUGAGAGUCCAAGAUGUGGAAUUGAGGACCCUUAGAAAUAAUCUGGAGAAUUCUCAGAAGCAUGAAAAUGAAAGAGAUCUUCUGAAUGAAGAAAUUGCCAGGCUACGAUUCAAAGUAGAAAGAAUAAAAAUGCAGAAUGAAGGGAAAGACAAGAAAUACUUGCAGGACUUUGAAAUUAUGAAAGAAAAGGCUUUUGGCCUUCAAAAUACUGUAAAGCUCUCUGAGGAAAGGUUAAUGAAAGUAACAGCCCAGUAUAGUGGCCAGCUCAACAUACUAGGAGAGGAGAAUAAAGUACUACACGCUAAACUGAAGGAAGCAAAAGAAAAGGAGGAAAAACUGGAAGGAGAACUUGAAUCGCACCGUCUCAGACUGGCAGAUGCUAUCCGUGAGCGUGACCAAAGUCAGGUCUCCCAAAGAGACCUGGCCUUCAUUGUCCAAAGAACAAAAAAAGAGUGGUCUAGUACACUGGAAUAUAUGAAUUCUCGUGCUGAUAUCCUUUUCCAACAUCUUUGUAAUGCAGAAGAGAAAUUCAAUUGCCUGCAAGCUGAGUUCUGUCGCAUGAAAGAUGCUCUUCGAGAGAAGACUUUUGCUCUAGAAGGUGCACAGAGAGACCUGAGGGAAGCACAGUUUGAAAAGCAGAACAUUCAACUAAAGUAUCUACGUGAACAAAGUACAGGGAGUACGUACAUCGUGAAGCAGGAGUCUUUAGAGCAGAGACUGUCUGGACUGCAAUAUAAAACUAUGUCACUUCAGCAACAGCUGGAUGACGUUCACAAGGAUUCUGCUGAUAAAGAGAAGGCAACAGACACCCAAGAUAGUCUGUGUGCAGCAGCAGUGAAGGCUCUUGAAGUAGUGCAUGAAAGGAAUAGUCUGCUUUUGGAAGAGAAAAACAAGCAGUUGCUUGAGGAAUGCAGUCACUUAAAAGACAGACAGUACCAAUAUAAAAAAGAGAAAGUGAAAAGAGAAGUAAGUAUCAAAAAUUAAAUAUUUUUCAAACUUCCUAAAAGAAAAGUGAAGUGGUAUUUGGUAGUGACUAAGCAUUGUAUCUGGUUGAACAUGAGAAUAUCUAGAUCUGUAUUUGUGCUAUCAGCAUAG